UUAUAAACCUUUGUGUUGGUUGUAUCUUUGAAUCAUGGGAAAGUGUUGACACUAUUAUGGAAGCUUACAGUAAAAAACAUGGAUUUGCAAUUAUAAAGAAAUGGUUAAUUCAUCAUGAAAAUGGCAAUCAUAAAUCAAAAUGCCAACAAUGUGUAUGGAAUGCAAAUUACAAUUGCCUCCAAAAUUCUCAAACCAUAGUUCUUACCACUUUUAAUAAUUCGCAUAACCACACACUAUUUCCUAAUACUGAAGAGUACUUAACAAAAUAUCAGUGUAUCUUUAAUGAUGACGUUUUCAAAGAAAUCCAAUUCCUUACGGAAAAAAUGGAAAUCUAUCAAUUACUACUUAAUGAAACAGAAAUAACACAUGAUGCAUCUUGUUUAUUAAAAAAACUCAUACAACAUCAGUUAGAUGAUCCUGGAUGCCGACAAGCAUGGGUUUGUGCGUUUACAUCAAAGAUAUUUACCGCAGGAGUACAAACUACUUCCUGCGUUGAGGGUUUGAAUAAUAUUAUUAAAUGUGAGUUAAGAGCAAACAGUACCUUGUGUGAUCUUGCCAGUGUUCUUGAUGCACGGCUUGAAAGUGAAGUGCAAUGA